AUGCCCGUUUACUCAAUAUCACAUGUGGAAAAUGUUAGAAUCUGUGUGGUUAUGGUUGGUCUACCUGCCCGUGGAAAGUCUCUUAUUUCACAAAAGAUUGUUCGAUACCUAUCGUGGUUAUCAAUAAAGUCAAAGUGUUUCAAUGUUGGUAACUAUAGAAGGGGAAUCGCCAAGGAUGCAGUUAUCACUGCCGAUUUUUUCGAUCCACAUAACCCCGAAGGGUUGCACUUUCGGAAACAAGCUAUUGAUGCAGCAAUUGUCGAUAUGAUGAGGUGGUUCACCGAAGAAAACGGAGUUGUGGGAAUAUUGGAUGCCACCAAUUCUACUCGAAGUAGAAGAAACAAAAUCUUGAAAAUAUGUCGAGAGAACUAUAUUGAGCCCAUGUUCUUAGAAAGCUGGUGCGAUGAUAAAGAACUUAUUCUCCACAAUAUUGCCGAUGUGAAAACAACCUCACCCGAUUAUGUUACUAGAUCAAGUGAAUUUGCAACUAAGGAUUUCUUGAAAAGAAUUGAGCUAUACGAAUCGAUUUACGAAACUUUAGAUCCCGCUAAGGAUGCUAAUUUGACAUUUAUUAAAUUGGUCAAUGUCAAUUCCCAAAUCAUCUUGAAUCGAAUUGAAACUUAUUUGGAAAGCAGAAUCGUUUACUACGUCAUGAAUCUACAUAUCAAACCUAGAAGUAUAUGGUUAUCAAGACAUGGGGAAUCCCAAUUCAACUUGACAGGACAAAUUGGUGGCGAUGCUGAUUUGUCUGAACGUGGGUGGCGAUACGCAAAAAAGUUGCCUGAACUUGUUCUCAAAUCCUUGGGGGAAGAACACAAGCACACCAACUUAACAGUCUGGACAUCAACGCUAAAACGUACUCAACAAACAGCAUCGUUUUUGCCCUAUAAAAAAUUACAAUGGAAAGCGCUAGAUGAAUUGGAUGCCGGCGAGUGUGAUGGGAUGACUUAUGAGGAAAUCGAAGUUGCAUUCCCGGAAGAUUUUAAAGCAAGAGACGAUAACAAGUACGAAUACAGAUAUCGCGGCGGCGAGUCGUACAGAGAUAUCGUUAUUAGGCUCGAACCUAUAAUCAUGGAAUUGGAAAGACAAGAAAAUAUAUUGAUUAUAACCCACCAAGCAGUGUUGCGGUGCCUUUACGCAUAUUUUAUGAAUGUCCCGCAAGAAGAAAGCCCCUGGAUGUCUAUCCCCUUGCAUACAUUGAUUAAAUUAGAGCCUAGAGCUUAUUCUACACUUGUAAGUAGGAUAAAAGCUGAUAUUCCCGCAGUUAGCACAUAUAAGGAAAAAGGCACCUCACAGCUUGGUGAGUCAAAAUCAGGAGUCUCAAUAUCCAAGAGCAGAGAUUUGCUAAACACCAAUGAUGUUGUCUAA